GCCCAGCGGGCUCGCAGAGCUGGGCUGGCAGAGCCGCCGGCUGCUCCUGGGCUGCGGUGAGGUGGUGCUGCGGUCUGAGCCCUCUUUCUCUGCAUCUGGUUUUCUUAAAUAAAUCCCUCUAAUGUUUUUUUGUUUGUUUUUUGAAAGAAGCUUUAAACACGCCCCAGCAGGUGACUAUCCCCGCGUAACGCCUGGGAGAAGGCAUGCACAGGCCUGACCUCAGCUCCUCUGCAGCCUUCAAAAGGUCCAUAGCCUGGGCGAGUGGGGCUUGGAGAGCUUGUGCAACCCCUCACCUGCACCAGAAACACCUCUGCUGAGGCUCUAAGCAUUUGGAUAAUCGGGAAUCCUGCCUGUGCGAGGCCAGCAUCCAGAUCCCUGCCAUCAGGUUUUGCACUCUUGCCUCACCACCCAGUCUUGUCCGGGUUCCUCCUAAAGGAUUUUCUUUGAUUUCACUUUGUACUUACAAACUCAAAGUGCAAAAUCCUCAUACAAGCAGCCUGAAAUACGCAUCUGGGGAUUUUUGUUUUGUUCUAUCUAUGGCAAUGGCUUCAGGAACAGCAUUGAUUUAUGAUGAGGAAAUGACCAGUCAUAAACUGCUUUGGGAUGAUCCUAUCUGUGAUAUCGAAGUGCCAGAAAGACUGUCAGCCUCCUAUGAGCAGCUUCAGUUUUACCAUCUUGUGGAAAGAUGUGUCCAUGUGCCUGCCAGAGAAGGAACUGAAGAGGAGAUCCUGUUAGUUCACAGUUCAGAACACUUGGAAGUUGCAAAAAGCACACAGACAAUGGACGAAGAGGAACUGAAAAGAGUGUCUGGGAAUUAUGAUGCUUUUUUCUUUCAUCCGAACACCUACCGCUGUGCCAGACUAGCAGUAGGAGCAACUUUGCAACUAGUGGACUCUGUGAUGUUAGGAAAAGUGUGCAAUGGAAUGGCAUUAGUAAGACCUCCAGGUCACCACAGUCAGAGGAAUGCAGCUAACGGGUUCUGUUUAUUCAACAAUGUUGCUAUUGCAGCAGAAUAUGCAAAAUUGAAAUACAGUCUACAGAGAAUCCUCAUUGUUGACUGGGAUGUGCACCACGGGCAAGGAACUCAGUAUAUAUUUGAAGAGGAUCCAAGUGUUUUGUAUUUUUCCUGGCAUCGCUAUGAACAUCAAGAAUUCUGGCCAUCACUCAAAGAAUCUGAUUAUGAUGCUGUAGGUCUGGGAAAAGGAAAAGGCUAUAAUAUCAAUUUGCCUUGGAAUAAGGUUGGGAUGGGAAAUUCAGAUUACCUUGCUGCAUUUUUUCAUGUGUUGCUUCCAAUGGCUUUUGAGUUUGAUCCUGAACUGGUUCUUGUUUCCUCUGGAUAUGAUUCAGGAAUUGGAGACCCUGAAGGUCAGAUGAAUGCCACUCCUGAGGUUUUUGCCCACCUUACCCAUCUCCUGAUGCAGCUAGCUAAUGGAAAGCUAUGUGUCAUCUUAGAGGGUGGAUACCACCUGAAGUCCUUGUCUGAAUCAGUCUGCAUGACUGUAAAAGCUUUGCUUAGAGAUCCUAUACCUCAAGUAACUGGAGAGAUGGCCCCUUCCCUAAGUGCUAUUGAAUCUAUUCAGAAUGUGAGAGCAGCACACAAACCCUAUUGGAAAUGGUUGAUGUAUGAAGACACAUCAUUUUUGCAUAAUUUGAGCACUGAAUCACACUUACCAAAGAAGACUAACACAAAUCCCUCUACAGACCAUGAGGAUAAGAUAACUAACAACAAUGAAGCUGCCAAAAUAGAAAGAUUUCUGGAAUUGCACAUGAGAAAUAUUCUAUUUCCAGUGCCUCCCAUCAGAACAGCAACAACUCAGUCAAAAGCUUCAGCAUACUUGCUCCCAGCACCUGUUUGUGUGGUGAAGGAAAUGGACAAAAAUGAAGUAGAAGCUCUUGCCAGUGACUUUUAUGCAGACCUUGUGAAAGAGGACAAAACCUUGCACUCUCUUGGCAGUAUGUUGGCCAUCCUAGAUAAAAUACUAAAGAAGGAGGUAUGCAAUGGAAUUACAGAUUCACCCACAGCUUCUGCUUCUGUUGGUGUAGCACUAAGAUACUCUGUUCAUUUUGGAUUUCAAAGAGUGCUUUGCGUAUUUGUUGGAGACAUGCAGAUCGUACCAAACACAGAAGAUGGAAAAGUACUUGUGAUAAAUAUUUGCGAGAAAGAACAAUCUGGAACGAUGAGCUCUAAACAUUUUAUUUCUCUGAAUUGGAAAGAGGAUGCUGACAGGAGUGACUUCUUUUCUGCUGUACUUGGAUUCAUUCUUCCUGUAGCAUAUAGUUAUCAACCCGAUUUGAUAGUAAUAGCUGUUGGACCAAACAGGAGCAUCGGAAUAAGUGGAAUUUCUCUUCUUUUUGGUUUACUACAAGGACUAGCAGAAUCUCGAAUUCUUGCAGUGAUUGAGGACACAGACUUAAAUCUAAUUCAAAAUGUAGCCAAAGCACUAGCAGGUGCUUCUGUGUCUCACUCUGGAGCUUACGUACCUCCUACCCAAGAAAAAGUACAUAAAAUAAAAAUAUUAAAAGACCGGCUUCAGCAGGACUGGAAAAUGCUUCAGUGCUCAGUGAAGGAUGGGAUUUCAAGUAAUUGACUUCAAUUUAGAACCGUAUUACCCAACAGAAGAAAAUGCGUUUAAUUUUGCCUUUUAAAUCAUCAGGAAAAAAAGACAGUUGAUCUCUAAACAGAGUAAGAACUAUUCACAAUUGCCUACUGUUUUUAAAAUCCUUAAAAUUCACAAUUUCAACUAGAGCAUUGUGCUUGUAAAUUCUAUACCGGCACCAAUUAUGCAAGACUGACACUUGAAGCCUACCUACUCCCAUGCUACAUUACUACAAAUUGGAACCUGUGUCAUUUGUGACUGCAAAGUCUGAUUGCACAUGCAGUAGCUUGACUGCAUGAAUGCUAAAGUAGUCCAGAAGACAGGAAUCUGAAAUGAGUAAUCAUACAAGCCAAACACUCCAAAAUUACUCAACAUAACAUCAAAAUGCUUGCACUGCAGCCACUACCAUUGUUUCAUUGGAAUGGAAUUUUAAAUUUAACAACGAGUCCUUUAGAUUCAUGAAUUUUUCCUAUGACUUUUAAAGGAUUCAACAAAUCUGUUCUUUAAUUUAAAGUCUGUUCUUUAAUUUCUCUGGUCAGUCAAUUGCAGGAAGUUAAGAAAAGCAGCUGAACAGCUAUAGUUUCCUAGAUCAUACUUUGUGGUUGAGACUAAAUUUAAUUUCCUGAACUAUAUAAGGCAUGUGGAAAAAAAUAUUUUGCACAUAUAAAAUUACAAAUACAUAAUUGAAUAAAGCAGUGUAAAGAUUAAAAUAAAGUUUACAACUUAUAUACGUACUGUAAAUAUUCUGUGGAAAGGGGACUUCAUUUUACCCUCAUUUCAAAUGCAUAUUUUCUAUAUAUAGAAAAUAAAAAGCAAUACCCCAUCCCCCAUUUUGGUAGUGGCAUAGCGGUAACAUCAUGUGAAUAGUCAAAAUUAUUGCCUCAGGAAGUUUAUUUAGCCAUAAUGUGUCUUGUUUUCCAGCAUUUCGGAUACAUUUUUGUACUCAUGUUCAGGAGCAUUUUUCUGUGAUUGUAACUUCAAUAAUGUAAACUUGAAUAUAAUUUGAAUAAUUAGGUCAGUCUUCACAGUCCUGUUUUUAGAACCAUUCCAAGUGACGCUCUUGUAGUUCACACUGGUUUUUCAGUUAUGCUGAAGGGGAAAUGACAUUUAAUCCUUGAAAAUUUUUGAAACGGAAAUUAUUUCAGAAGAGACUAAAAUGUAUGUCAAACGUUUUCACGAGAGGAAGCUGAAGAACACAAGAUGUUCAGUUUCAGUUCAGAACUUCUUUAAAAUAAACUAAAGUUCUUUUUGGAAUUCAAAGUCACUCUAAACUGAAGUCUGAAUUAGGUUAUGAUAUGUCAAAAUGGGUUAGGUGGGCAUCUGGCUAUCUUGGGCUUCAAAAACUUUUAAAAAACAAAAGCAUUGUAAGUGUAUUCUUCCUUCCACUCCCCUGGAAAAGAAAAACUGGGGUAAUUCAGCAUUUCUGAGGAAAAAGCAUUUUUCUCAACUGCUUUCGUUAAGUCUUGAAUUUCUAUUGUCAGUCAUGAGUGUUGUAUUUUGUUACAUGUAUAUUUUUAAGAUGUUGAUCAAAUUUAAUAAAACAUGAAUUAAAGGGCAAA